AUGUCCGCUCCUUCCAUCACCAACUUCAUCGUCAAGCGCCCAUGGCUCAAGCGCUGGAUGACGCCACUCGCCCAGUGGUACACCGACGCCGCCGGCUACAGAAGACUUGGUCUUAAGGCCGACGACCUGAUCCCCGAGGAGAGCGACGUUGUUCAGACUGCUCUCAAGCGUCUCCCUCCCAAGGAGGCCUACGACCGCAUCUUCCGUAUCCGCAGAGCAUUCCAGUGCUCCGUCUCUCACACCCUUCUCCCCCCUGCUGAGCAGACCAAGCCCGAGGAGGAUGUUGAGUACCUGAGCCCCAUCAUCCGCGAGAUCGAGAAGGAGAAGAAGGAGCGUGAAGAUCUCGACACCCUCGUCGUCCGCCGGUAA